CUUACUGUUUCCUGUUUCGCAACGGGCCGGCAAAUAGGAAGCCGGGGCAGUUUGCGCCUGUCUGGUCUCCGGACGGUAGAAUUGUAAUCUGAAGCAGCCUCAAAAAAUAUUGAGCGUUUUUUUUUGUAGCAAUUACAUCUUUCCUCCUUUCCUCUACAAUUGUUACCUAGUAAAACAUACACUAUCCUUACCUACGGGCCUCUACUGCGCGCUGUAAAUCAUGCUGCGAUCGGUAGGAGCUGCGGCCAGCGGCCAAGCUAGAAACCUACUUGGGCCGAGGAUUGCUCCUCGGCUUCUUUGCACAUGCAAUCGCACCUCCACAUCGUCGUCAUGUGUCACCUCGAGAUCUCUCCGCACCAGUCACAUCUCUAGCAAUCCUACGCAUACGCAUACGCAUAUGUAUACGCAUUCCCUACAAUUCCAAAGAAACCUACAUGCGACAUCGAUAAGAAUGGCUGACAACACGAGAACCGAGAGCGAUGCCUUUGGCGAAAUCCAAGUCCCCGCCGACAAGUACUGGGGAGCUCAAACUGAGCGAUCCCUCUCUAACUUCCGCAUCAACCAGCCUCAAGAUCGAAUGCCCCCUCCGGUUGUCAGGGCAUUCGGUAUCUUGAAAGGUGCUGCAGCCACCGUCAACAUGCGGUACGGACUUGAUGAGAAGAUCGGCAAGGCCAUCCAACAAGCUGCCGCCGAGGUGGCUGACCUCAAGCUCAUUGACCACUUCCCCCUCGUCGUCUGGCAAACCGGCUCGGGUACCCAGUCCAACAUGAACGCCAACGAAGUUAUCUCGAACCGAGCUAUCGAGAUCCUUGGAGGUACCAAGGGCACCAAGAAGCCAGUCCACCCGAACGACCAUGUCAACCGUUCCGCUUCUUCGAACGAUACAUUCCCCACCGUCAUGCAUAUCGCCGCUGUUCUCGAGCUUGAAGGCGAGCUCUUACCUUCUCUCAAGAGCCUCCGGGACGCGCUGCAGAAGAAGGUUGACGAUUUCAACGCCAAGAACAUCAUCAAGAUUGGACGAACCCAUCUCCAGGAUGCCACACCUCUAACUUUGGCGCAAGAGUUCUCAGGAUACGUUGCUCAGCUGGACUUUGGUAUCAAGCGAGUCGAGAGCUCUUUACCGGACCUAAGGCUACUUGCUCAGGGUGGAACUGCCGUCGGUACUGGAAUCAACACUUUUGAAGGCUUUGCCGAGGCGAUCGCCGAGGAAGUCAGCAAGAUGACAGGAACCGAGUUCAAGACGGCACCGAACAAGUUCGAGGCUCUCGCUGCGCAUGACGCUAUUGUUCAGGCCUCCGGUUCUCUCAACACCUUAGCUGCGUCUCUUACCAAGAUUGCUCAAGACAUCCGAUAUCUUGGCAGCGGCCCCCGUUGCGGUCUAGGUGAGCUGAUCUUGCCGGAGAACGAGCCGGGUUCCAGUAUCAUGCCCGGCAAGGUCAACCCUACUCAAUGUGAGGCCUUGACUAUGGUUUGCGCUCAGGUCAUGGGUAACCACGUUGCCACGACCAUCGGUGGCAUGAACGGCCAGUUCGAGCUCAACGUCUACAAGCCCCUUAUCAUCCGAAACCUGCUACACAGCGUAAGAAUCCUUGCUGAUGGUAUGCGUUCGUUUGAGAAGAACCUUGUUGAGGGUCUCCAAGCCAACGAGGAGAAGAUUUCCAGCAUUAUGAAGGAAUCGCUUAUGCUGGUUACCUGCCUCAACCCUAAGAUCGGUUACGAUAUGGCUUCCAAGGUCGCCAAGAACGCACACAAGAAGGGUCUAAACCUAAAGGACAGCGCAAUGGAACUUAAUGCCCUGACGUCGGACGAAUUUGACACACUCGUCAAGCCAGAGCUCAUGAUCGGGCCCAAGCCUUACAAGGGUUAGGUGCACCAAAUAGUUGAGCCCGUGGUACACUACGUCCAAGCCGAGCUUGAUGCGAUUGAAAAGAAGGCGUUGGAUUAUCAUCAACAACACCACCAGUCUUCUUAUUAAGUCCCUACGCAGGUGUUUCCUAAGUAGUGCACUACUUUAUGGCGUAUUAGUAGCGCUAGUCUACCCCUAGUUGAGUCUUGUCAAAUUACCUAUAACGGCCGAAGACGUGUAUAGAUUAGUUAUAGCAUCUUGUACAUAAGUAAAAUAAAGAGUAAACUGUUGUCAAUAGUUUUGUCUUGU